GCAAGUGCUUGUUUAAUUACUUCGAAUUUCGCUUUGUAUGCAGCUGGCUACCGUACACUGGGCUGAAUAUUAAUGUCGACAGUCUCAAGUACACCAAGAACAAAGACGGGCAUCAUCCCUGCAACACCAACGACAACUCGAGUAACAGGAUCCCAUGUUCUUCAAGCAUCUCCUCAUUACACGACAACCAGACGUCACUCUCUCUAUGGCACAGAGGACCGUGUCGUAAUCGAUCCAGGUUCACGCAUCUGGAAAGUUGGAUUCAGUGGCGAAGGCAAGCCAAGAGACGUGUUCUACGCCGACGCCAAAAAUUAUGGCUCGUUAUGGAGUUGGAAUCGAGCCACAGACCCAACAGAAAAGGCAGAGCAGGACAACAUGUUAGAAAUCAACUUGGAGAGAUGUAUGCGUUCUGUUUUUCACGAGUCACUUCUUGCAGAACCCAAGGCCAGAAAGGUAAUAUUGGUUGAGCACCCGUUAAUGCCGCUGUACAUCAAGGAUAUGUUGGCUCAUAUCCUCUUUAGUAACCUCCAGGUUCCCUCAAUAUCGUUUGCAUCAAGUCAUCUGUUGUCUCUAUUAUCUGUUGGCCGAAUAACAGGUCUCGUCCUGGAUUGUGGCCAUUUAGAAUCUACCGCAUUACCUAUAUUCGCAGCACGUCCUCUCUUUCCUCAACUCCGAACAACACCACUCGCAGGCUCUCGCUUUUCGUCACAUAUCCGUGCACUCCUUCUCUUAUUUGGCUCUUACCUCCCUCCACCAACUACACUCAGUGCGGCUGUCAACGUGCCCGCAGCCAAUCGCACCACUCGUGUGCCACAAGAGAUACUAACAGAUGCUGUCAUCGAGGACAUCAAGACACGCUGUUGCUUCGUAUCAGAUGCUUUAGAAUCUUCUUUCAGCGAUGUCCGCGCAUCCUCCCCAGCAGGUGACGAUCCCUCAGACCAUGAGCCUCCACCCUCAAGCGACCCUGCCAUGUCUGAGUCAGAGUUUUCACGGGGUUCCCUUGGUCAAGAGAGCGCAGCAGAGUCCGAGUUCUCGAUAAUCUCCCAUCUGACACACUCUACCUCCAGUGGGGAAGCAAGCAGUGAAAAGCAUAUACAGGUCCUUGCGAAUAUGUACAUGCGUCACUCCACUGCCACAAAUCUUCACAUGCGUGUCGUUCCCCCUGUAUCUCAGCAAACGGGUACCGGGCGUGGAACCCUCAUCAUCCCUGGCUGGGUCCGCGAACGCGCUGCCGAGGUGCUAUUUGAAGGAGGUGAUGUCGACGAAAGCAGUGUCGCGGAAGUAAUCUUGGAUGCUUUACUCAAGGUCCCACUUGAUCUUCGUAAAACUAUGGCAUCCUCUAUUCUAAUCACAGGGGGCACAGCCAUGCUUCCAGGCUUCAUCCCUCGUUUACACACGGAACUGCUGCGCGCUACUGCUCCGCUAAAUAUCUUAUCCACACGGUCUAGACCUACAUAUGAUCGAUAUGCUUCAUUGCGCCCGCUGGUACCGCACUUUGCUAUUCUCAACAACCCUACUCCGGUACCCUCAUCGAGUGCACGUGCCAAUGUGAACGCAGGGAAGGCACCAGCUUUCACACCUGCUACGAUGGCGUGGGUGGGUGGCUCCUUAGCGGGAGCACUAAAGACUGGUGGCGUCGAAGUCGCACGGGAGAAAUGGGACGAAUCAGAUCCAUCGCAAACCGAUCAGGAUGACGAUGUCAUUAUGGUUGUUCCUGCAUCCGAACGCAUUCCAAGAAAUGUCAUACCAGAUUGGACUAGAGGACUGCUGCCCGCAGGCGCACCUCCUGCCGUAGCACUGAAGCCUCUGCCUUCCCCGCAAGCUGUCGGUGCUUGAUUGUAAUAUUGUAUAAUUG